UGUGGACUCUGGUGUUAAAUGAUUGUAUAUAAAACACGACAUUUUGUUUUUAUUUGAUAUUUGCAUUAUUGCAUUACCAAUCACAACAGCUUCGACUGGUCUCCAUUGCUAUAAAAGCGAUGUUAUUGGACACAAGCCAUAAAUCUCUCAACAGAUUCUCCUCUUCUACCAACUGAAAAUGGAAGUGAAUCCGAUCAUUACAACUGAUAAUUCUUUGAAAAAGAUGGAAGAAGAAAGAUCAGAAAGUAUUAUGACCAAGUUCUUAGCAGACUUAAAUAUAACUGCAAGAAAACUCCUUUUUCGGGUCAUUUCCACCGGCCCGAUUCCACAACAUAUAGCAUUCAUCAUGGAUGGAAACCGGAGGUUCGCCAAGAAAUGGAAGCUAACCGAGGGUGGGGGCCACAAAGCCGGAUUCUUGUCGCUCAUGUCGGUUCUAAAAUAUUGCUAUGAAAUAGGUGUGAAGUAUGUGACAGUUUACGCAUUCAGUAUUGAUAACUUCAAUAGGCGCCCGGAUGAAGUACAAUAUGUAAUGGACUUGAUGCAAGAAAAGAUUGAAGGGUUUAUGAAAGAAUUAACAAUUGUGAACAGGUAUGGUGUUAGAGUCUUGUUUAUCGGCGAUCUUAAAAGGUUAUACGAGCCCGUUAGAGUUGCAGCCGAGAAAGCAAUGGAGGCCACUGCUAACAACACACAUACAUAUCUUUUAGUAUGUGUUGCUUACACUUCUUCACACGAAAUCCCGCGUGCCGUUUAUGAAUCUUGCGAAGAAAAGAGUGGUGGAACCGGAGUUAUGAUUAAUGGAAAUGGAAGUGUGAACGGAGAUUACAGUGAAGAAAAGAGUGGUGGAACCGGAGUUAUGGUGAAUGGAAAUGGGAGUGUGAAUGGAGAUUACAGUAAUGGAGAUCAUGAGGAGGGGGUUAAAGUGGUGGAUAUUGACAAACAUAUGUAUAUGGCAGUGGCUCCUGAUCCUGAUAUUUUGGUCAGGAGCUCAGGGGAGACGAGGUUGAGUAACUUUUUGCUGUGGCAAACCACCAACUGCGUGUUGUAUUCGCCGAAAGCGUUGUGGCCGGAGAUGGGACUGUGGCAGGUGGUUUGGGGGAUCUUGAAGUUUCAGAAGCAUUAUAAGUAUUUGGAGAAGAAGAAGAAGCAGGCUUGAUGUUGAAGUAGAGGUUAAUGACAUAAUGUGUGACACCUACCAACAAACCAAUAAAUUGGUUUUCCAAACUACAUGUUUUAAAUAAUUGGUCGCUUGUUUUAGAUGACUAGUUUGUACACUGUUCAUUGAAUUAAAGAUUGUUUGCUAUUUAAAGUCUAUACUUUAGUAGUAGAUAACUUUAAUAUUAGAGUAAAUUUCACUUUUCAAUUAAUCCUUUAUCUUUUC